AUGGUUUCAACUGAUAAUGGAAACCACAAAGAGGAAAUUGAAGAAUCUAAUGGCAGUGAAGUGAAGGCUCAGAUCCCCUUUGACGUUUCAAUAUCUCAGAAGACAUUGUUAAGCAAUGUAAAGUCUCCAAAAAGGUUCCCUGAUGCUGUUCCUAAUAGAAUAAGGUUCCUCAAAUUUGGUUCUGCAUCUGCAAGAUUCAAGCGCCUAGCCGAGGAGAGAGAUGAGAUCUCAAGAUCUGUGGUUUCUAUUGGUCAUGGUUUUAAAGAACGAAUCAACGGGGUUUUUUCCCGGAAAAUUGAUUGGGUUUCACUUAUGAAAAUGAGCAAACAAUGGAUUAGGAACCCAAUGAACAUGGCUCUUUUUGUGUGGAUCACCUGUGUUGCUGUUUCGGGUGCAAUUCUGUUUCUUGUCAUGACUGGAAUGUUGAACAAGGCAAUACCAAAGAAGUCCCAAAGAGAUGCAUGGUUUGAAGUCAAUAAUCAAAUUCUCAAUGCACUUUUUACUCUUAUGUGUUUGUACCAACAUCCAAAGCGGUUCUACCACCUUGUACUUCUGUGUAGAUGGAAACCAGAAGACAUUUCUAGACUUAGAAAGAUUUACUGUAAAAAUGGGACUUACAAGCCACAUGAAUGGGCCCACAUGAUGGUGGUUGUUGGUCUUCUUCAUUUGAAUUGCUUUGGUCAAUAUGCUCUUUGCGGCUUAAACCUGGGUUACAGGAGAUCUCAACGACCACCCAUAGGAGUUGGGAUAUGUAUAACUUUUGCUAUUGGUGCCCCUGCAUUUGCUGGUAUAUACAACAUUAUCAGUCCCCUUGGGAAGGAUUAUGAUUCAGAGUUGGUGGAUGAGGAAGCACAGGUUCGGAUUGGCACCGGUGAAAGGCAAGAAAGGUUAAGGUUAAAAUCAUUUGAGAGAAAAUAUUCUUUUGCAGUAAGGAAUGAACAGCGUGUCGUUGAGAAUAGACCACAAUGGAAUGGAGGGGUACUUGAUAUUUGGGAUGAUAUUUCUCUAGCAUAUCUUUCACUGUUUUGUGGUUUUUGUGUGUUCGGCUGGAAUAUGGAGAGGCUUGGAUUUGGGAACAUGUAUGUUCACAUUAUGACAUUUGUUCUGUUUUGCAUGGCUCCCUUCUGGAUUUUUAAUUUGGCUGCUGUUAAUAUAGACAAUGAGACUGUUCGGGAGGCUCUUGGAGUUACUGGGCUUGUUCUCUGUGUAUUUGGUUUGCUCUAUGGUGGCUUUUGGAGGAUCCAAAUGAGAAAGAGAUUCAGUUUGCCUUCUUAUAACUUCUGUUUUGGUGAACCAGCACUGGCUGAUUGCACGCUGUGGCUUUGCUGUUGUUGGUGCUCUCUUGCUCAGGAAGUGAGGACUGGGAAUUCCUAUGACAUUGUAGAAGAAAAGUUUUAUAGAAAACAAACGGAUAGUGGCAGCCAGCUACCAAUUUCACCUUUGGCUCGUGAAGAUGGAGUGGUUGAAUUUAGAUCUGCUCCAAAUUCUCCUCUGGGGAGCUACUCAAGCCCAACUAAGUUUAGCGUUGGUGGUUCUCCAAGUCCUAGCAGACUUUCAAAGGGAUUUUAUAGUCCAGAUAGGCCACUUUCCACACUGAAAGAAGAGUCUUAUGUCAGAGGUAAGGAUGAAACUAUGACCCCACCUGCACCCUCGCUGAUAGAAAGGGAGGGUACAGAGCCCCACAAAUGA